AUGUUCGGCAGAAUCCAAGACCUCCUUACGCGCUGUAUCGAAAACCACGGUAUGGUUCAUCGUCUCGUUGUGCUCGUCAGCCCCUUCUACAGCUGCAAGGUACACUCCAUUGGCAGUUUAAGUUGUGAAUAUCCAGGAGCUGAACGGAGCGCCGCGCAGGUGAACAGGCUCCAUAGUGUACCUCCGCAUAUUGCUUUGAAGCCAUACCCCAGCCUCACUCAAGGUCGAGGCGCCAACGGGUCCACACAGUAUCAUAACUUACGCAACGGCCACCCCACACAUAGUAUUCAACCCAUUUGCUAUGGCAGCACGUAUGCAUUCCCCGUUCCGACUUCGAGUGAAGACGCGGCUGCUCCUAAUCAACAGUUUCUGUGCUAA